CUAUAGUUGCUGUAGCCCAGAGGCCUGCCAGUUCCUGCUGUAAUGCAUAUGUAGUUGUAAUUGAGUUCUAGCACGGCCUUGGAUGUUUCUGUCCUAGAUAGCUGACAUUGCAUCUUCAAGACUGUCAUUCCAGUUGGCUUUUGAGUGGAUAAUUGUGGCAGUGAGAGCACUGACGUUGGAAACAACUAGUGCCCGUUUGGAUUACUUAAAACACAACCAUGAAAAGAAAUACGUGUGAUUUGCUUUCUCGGAGCAAGAGUGCCUCUGAGGAAACACUGCAUUCCAGUAAUGAAGAGGAAGACCCUUUCCGGGGAAUGGAACCCUAUCUUGUGCGGAGACUUUCAUGCCGAAAUAUUCAGCUUCCUCCUCUUGCCUUCAGACAGUUGGAACAAGCUGACUUGAAAAGUGAAUCAGAGAACAUUCCACGACCCACCAGCCUCCCUCUGAAGAUCCUGCCACUGAUUGCUAUCACUUCUGCAGAUUCCAGUGGUUUUGAUGUGGACAAUGGCACAUCUGCGGGACGGAGUCCCUUGGAUCCCAUGACCAGCCCAGGGUCUGGGCUAAUUCUCCAAGCAAAUUUUGUCCACAGUCAACGCCGGGAGUCCUUCCUGUAUCGAUCCGACAGCGAUUAUGACCUCUCUCCAAAGUCUAUGUCCCGGAACUCCUCCAUUGCCAGUGAUAUACAUGGAGAUGACUUGAUUGUGACUCCUUUUGCUCAGGUCUUAGCCAGCCUGCGAACUGUACGAAACAAUUUUGCUGCAUUAACUAAUUUGCAAGAUCGAGCGCCUAGCAAAAGAUCACCAAUGUGCAACCAACCAUCCAUCAACAAAGCCACCAUAACAGGAAUGUAACUCAGAGAAAAGCUAUUUAAAUUUCUUUCUUUGGAAGAUGUGAAGACUGAAAUCUAGUGAGUCAAAAAUCUACUUGGUGGCGCUCUGAAAAUAAAUAUAUGGUUCCAUUUCCCCUUCUUACAUCCUUAU